GCAGCAACAGCAGCGGAAGAGGGAGGGCCCUGCAGCCGCUGUUCUCUGGCAGAAACCCCGUAGUGCAGCACAACAGCGCCAUUCGGCAACUGCAACAGUAUCCAAAAUGGCAGGAGCUGAUGGAGAUGACUCUCUCUACCCUAUCGCCGUUCUCAUUGAUGAGCUACGAAAUGAGGAUGUUCAGUUACGACUGAACAGCAUCAAGAAGCUAUCCACUAUUGCUCUGGCCCUUGGUGUUGAGAGGACUCGCACUGAACUCCUUCCUUUCCUCACAGACACCAUCUAUGAUGAAGAUGAGGUGCUCUUGGCCUUGGCUGAGCAGCUUGGCAAUUUCACUAUGUUGGUGGGAGGGCCAGAGUACGUCCACUGUCUCUUGCCUCCUCUGGAGAGCCUUGCUACAGUGGAGGAGACAGUAGUCAGAGAUAAAGCUGUGGAGUCCCUGCGGAAGAUCUCUCAGGAGCAUUCUCCAGUUGACCUGGAGGUCCAUUUUGAGCCUUUGGUCAAGCGGCUGGCCAGUGGUGACUGGUUCACUUCUCGCACAUCUGCCUGCGGCCUCUUUAGUGUUUGUUAUCCCCGUGUCUCCAGCACUGUCAAGGCUGAGAUCCGCCAGCAUUUUCGCACCUUGUGCUCAGAUGACACUCCCAUGGUGCGUCGUGCUGCAGCAUCUAAACUGGGGGAGUUUGCCAAAGUCCUCGAGCUGGAUUAUGUAAAAAGUGACAUAAUUUCCCUCUUCACUGCUCUGGCCUCUGAUGAGCAGGACUCAGUGCGGCUGCUUGCAGUGGAGGCUUGUGUCAGCAUUGCCACUCUGCUGCCUCAGGAGGACCUGGAGACCCUGGUGAUGCCAACCCUGCGUCAGGCUGCAGAAGACAAAUCUUGGAGGGUCCGCUACAUGGUGGCUGACAAGUUCUCUGAGCUCCAGAAAGCAGUAGGGCCAGAGAUCACCAAGAAUGAUCUGGUCCCAGCUUUCCAGAAUCUUUUGAAGGACUGUGAAGCUGAGGUCCGUGCUGCUGCAGCCAACAAAGUCAAAGAAUUCUGUGAGAACCUCCCAGAGGACAGUCGUGAGCAAAUCAUCAUGACUCACAUUCUGCCCUGCGUCAAGGAACUUGUUUCAGACACCAACCAGCAUGUGAAGUCCGCCCUGGCCUCAGUCAUUAUGGGUCUUUCGACCAUCCUGGGCAAGGACAACACAAUAGAGCACUUACUGCCUCUCUUCCUGGCUCAGCUCAAGGACGAGUGCCCCGAGGUGCGUCUAAACAUCAUCUCCAACCUAGACUGUGUGAACGAGGUGAUUGGCAUCCGUCAGCUCUCACAGUCACUGCUGCCGGCCAUUGUGGAGCUGGCAGAGGAUGCAAAGUGGAGGGUCCGCCUCGCCAUCAUAGAGUACAUGCCCCUGUUGGCAGGACAGCUGGGAGUGGAAUUUUUUGACGAGAAGCUCAACACCCUUUGUAUGGCCUGGCUUAUUGACCACGUUUAUGCCAUCCGUGAGGCGGCCACAUGUAACCUAAUGAAGCUGGUGGAGAAGUUUGGAGCUGAGUGGGCCCAGAACACCAUCGUGCCCAAAGUGCUGGGCAUGGCCAAUGACCCCAAUUACCUCCACAGGAUGACUACUCUAUUCUGCAUCAAUGCUUUGUCAGAGGCAUGUGGCCAGGACAUCACCACUAAACAGAUGCUACCAGUGGUCCUCAAGAUGUCCAAUGACCAGGUGGCCAACGUACGCUUCAAUGUGGCCAAGUCCCUUCAGAAGAUCGGCCCCGUCAUUGACAGCAAUGCCCUUCAAGCAGAAGUGAAGCCAGUGCUGGAGAAGCUGGCCACAGACACAGACAUGGAUGUCAAGUACUUUGCCCAGGAGGCUAUCAGUGUUUUGGCCCUAGCAUAACCAACCCAACAUGGCUAAACCAGACAACCACCCGAAACAACAACGCAAACACUUUCACAUGAUAUUUAUUGAUGUUCAGGAACAACUGGUUAAUGUAUAGAGAAAGCUGUUAACGAUUGUUUAAUCUGUUUUUCUUUUUUCCUUUUUGUUUACUGUCUAAUGGUAGUUCAAGUCCAGGCAUAGCACAGACUUCUUCGUUAACCUUUCUCUUUGCUGUAAAUGAGUGCUUUAACAAAGGCAAAGUGUGAUGAAAUUGCAUUAAGUGGUGCAUGCUGAAUAAUGUGCUACUGUACUAGCUAGGCAUUGCUAAUCAGAACCCCUUUCACAUUCCUCCCUUUUACAUCUUUGGCCACUGUUGUACUUGAGCCACAGUCGUUGCAGCAUGCCACAUGUCUGUUUGCUACCUAGCACCUAGGGCCAUGCUAGAUCGCUCUGCUGCUGCACUUUUCUCCCAAUGCUAGACACAAACUUUGAGCAGCAGAUGGUUCAACAAGCUGUUUAUUUUGCUGCGCUUCCUUCCAAAUCAGCCUUUUGAUAGCGCUCUUUUCCCUGAGACACUGGGGUGGCUCUCCAGAGAAGUGAUUGAAAGGUCUGUGCAAUGCUAGUAGGCUGUCUUUUUUUCCACCAGACCAAACCUGUUGUCUCCUAAAUGCUUCACAGGAUUGUUUUGUACAAAGCUCUAACAAAGAAAUAAUAAGGUGUCCAUUACUGCAUGUAAUCUGAUGAACUCUCAAUGAUUGCAUGUACUAAUCAAUCUCAAAUAGUGUCCUGUCACAAAUCCAUCUACCAGACUACACUCUUUGUUCUCUGCAGCAACACUGAUUGAAUUGGCCAAACAAAUGAAUUACCUUGGCCCAGCUCAAAGUGUGGUUCAUAAUUAUCCCUCCUCCAAAUCUUAAGUGAGUUUGUUGAUAUGCUAGGGUGGGAAGUAGCAAUCAGUUGUGAUUUUCUGCAAUAUUUUCUCGGCAUUGCUCUUAAUCUUUGUGCCAAUGACUUUGGUAAGCGGUGGUGUUUUUUUUUUUAGUAUGCCUGGGUAAACAGUUUUCACCUAUCCUGUUCUUUAGAGACAACGUUGUUGUUUUCUGUAAGGAACGCUUUAUUCCUAGGACGUUAAUGGGAUGGUAAAACUAAAUUGACUACAGCUGUAAGGGCCGUGGGAUUAACAAAACCAUGGCACUCCUUGUGUCCUAGAGCCACCCAGUUUUCCCUUAAAUCCAUGCAAAGUCCUCCACUGUACAUGAGAUUUAAAAGCAAAAGUUCAGCGAAUGUGAAGGGCCACCCAAGGAUUCCUGCUUAAAAAUCUCUACACGAUGGAGUACAAGUGCAUGCUUUCAAAGAAAGUGGGAUGGGGGCAUGGAGCAUGUGUACGUAAGGCUGCAUAAUGUUUUAUUAUUGGGUGGGAGCUGGGGUGGUUAUGGGCGGGUUGAAUAAAUGUAUCGUCUGUGUUCAUAAAAGAAACUUUUGUCUUUCCCUGAACUACUCCCUCUGUUUCUCCCCUCCUCCCCCCUCCCCCUCUCAUUUUGUUUUCUUGAAUAAACCUUGAUUGUUGAUUGUCCUGUAUUACGAAGACUGUGCUUUUAUUUUUAUUUUGAAUUCUCUUCACAAUUGGGAUGCUGUACUACUGUAUCUUGAUCUGAAUAAAGUAACAAAGGACCCGGUGAA